UGGGCCGAGAGCGCAGGAUGAAUUAUUAUGAAAAAUUAUUCAAUUUUCUUUAAAUUAUUCAUUCUGUACCACCAUAGAAAAAGAAUAAUAUAUAGCACAAUCAUUCUCAGUCAUGUUCUGUUAUCGAACAUUGGUGUUUCUUCUCAUUCAUAAAAAAUAUUAUACACGAAUUCAUUGUUUUGUGCGUCAACACUUGAAACAGUGAAAUGUUAAAUUAAAACCAUACAAAGCGUGACUUUACUGAGCACCAUUGUGGAACAUUUGAGCUUGAGAGGUCUUUCCGACUAUAUUAUAGGAUAUAAUUAUUCAGAUAAGUUGUUUAAGAAUUUUACACUUACCAUAAUAUUGUACUACUUCAGACAAGAAAUCAUUUUGAUUUGACUAUGUCAAAGCUUUGGCGGACUUUCAUCAAAUGGCGUUUCAUUGCAACUAUCAUGUGCAACAAGUUCAAAGGAUUUUUGUCCAACACUGUCGUAAGAUACCUGAAGCCACCAAAGACAAUGACWGUUAUUAUUGAGCAAGGUAGUUUGCAAGGAAUUCACUACAAAACACAAGCGUCAAAUAAGCCUUACGUCAGUUUUUUAGGCAUACCCUAUGCUAAACCACCUGUUGGGAACUUGAGAUUUAAGCCUCCCGUCAAACAUCCAGGAUGGUCUGGCAUACUAAAAGCAUUUUCAGUGGGGAAAAUGUGUAUGCAGUAUUCUUUCAUAAAGAACAAAAUUUCUGGAAGUGAAGAUUGUUUAUAUUUAAACAUAUAUGUCCCACAAGAAGAACUAAAAGAAAAAAAGGCAGUUAUGUUAUUUAUACACGGUGGCGCAUUUAAUAAUGGAUCAGCUUCAUCAGAGUUUUACUCUCCUGAUUAUUUGAUUGAUGAAAAUGUUAUCAUAGUUACAAUCAACUAUCGUUUGAAUGCUCUUGGAUUUCUCAACUUUGAUAUUGAUGAAUGUCCUGGCAAUAUGGGUUUAAAAGAUCAACUGUUUGCAAUUAAAUGGGUAAAAGCUAAU